GACCAUGCAGGGUGAAGUGAGGCUGGAAGGGGAGUCCGUUCUUUUUCUCGUAUCUCCCACCUGGUAGUUGUUAUUGCCAGAUCUGAAGAAUUCAUCAUUCGGUAGUUGUACAGUGCUGACGAGAGAAGGAGGAGCAGCGGAAGGAAAGGUUUGGGAAAAGUGUAAACGGGAAAGAAAGGACAACUGCUAACAGAAAGUUGAAGGUUUCGAUCCAUGAGGAAAAGUGCAUUUAAGUAUAACAUUUUUGUCUGAGCAUCUGCUAAAGAUGUCCUUAAUGCAAAUUCCUGUCGUUGAUGUUCACAUUGAUAAUUUUAAAGAGAUAUGGCCAUCUAUGCUGCUUGCAGUCAGGACAGCGAGUUUCAUAGCCCUUGAUACUGAACUUAGUGGACUUGGGGCACGAAAAGCUUUACUGGCACAAUCAGUUGAAGAUCGAUAUAAAGCAAUAUGUCAGGCUGCCAGAACUCGUUCCAUUCUGUCUCUUGGGGUUGCAAGUUUCAAAGAGCUUUCAAACAAACCAGGUAGUGCAUAUUUGAGCCAGGUAUACAAUCUCACGCUGCUAUGCAUGGAUGAAUAUAUAAUUGAGCCACAAUCUGUUCAGUUCCUGGUCCAGCAUGGCUUUGACUUCAAUAAACAGUAUGCUAAAGGGAUUCCAUACCAGAGGGGGAAUGACAAGCUUAAUGAAUGUCGUGGUCAGAACAUCAGAGCUCUCUUUCUAGAAAUCAUUCAGGCAAAGAAGCCUUUAAUUCUUCAUAAUGGACUAAUUGAUUUGGCAUUCCUGUACCAGUGUUUUUAUGCUCACCUACCAGACCAACUUAUGACCUUCACAGCUGACCUAUCUGAGAUGUUUCCAGCUGGGAUUUAUGAUACCAAGUAUGUCUCAGAAUUUGAGACUCGCUUUAUGUCGUCCUACUUGGAAUAUGCCUACAAAAAGUGCAGAAGAGAGAAUACCAAAUUAACUGAUGCAAAUAACAGCCAUCUCUUCAUUGAGUUCUGCAAUUACCGACAGGGAUUUGUGGAUUAUAUUGAUUAUCGCUACUGCAACCUCCCUGAGGCGGACAAGGAUGUAACAGAACAGAAAAAAGUCGAAAUAUGUGAACAGUUUUCUGCUUAUGGAUGGUGUCGUAAUGGAAUGAAAUGCACGCUGUCACACAAUAUUGACCUCAUCAUUGACGAAGAUGAACGGAUCAAGGAUGUUAAAAGAAAGAGGAGAAAGGCUAGAAGACGACGGAAGCAGCAGGCAGUGGAUUUGAGUGAUAGUGCUGUGGAACCAGUGUCGAUAGAUAAUGUGACUCCUAACGAUGGCCCUCCACAAAAGUUACUGUGUGGUAGUAGCGAUGAGCAACCAGAAAAAAUGGACACUGGGGAGGUUCAGGCUAAGCUUUUAAGUGAUGUACAAGCUUCCAAUGGCUCCAUUUACGAAAAGAACACUGAAGAUGAUCUCUGUUCAGGAACAGAUAUGCAGGACUUAAGCAACAAUAAAAAGGGGAAUAAUCCUGGGAAUCAAUUGUGUCCAGCAAAUGAAACUGUUGUGGAAAGGAACAAAAUGGAAAAAUGUGAUGGAGGUACGCACCGUGCUGGAUUUGAUGCAUUCAUGACUGGAUUUAUAAUGGCUUAUAUUAUGAUGUGGAAAAAUAGUGAAAAUAGCACAGCCACAGAUCCUUGGCUCCCAGACUGCCGUAAUAAACUUUAUCUGAGUGGGAAAUCCAUACCCUUACAGAUUUCUAAAAGCUCUUUUUCAAAAUCUUCAAAAGCUCACAAGGCCAAGAUUGAAUUGGUGUGGGGCAAACACUGAGAUCUGGGCCACAAAGUUUAUGGCAAAUAGUUUUAAAAAUAAAUGAUUUCCAAAACUCCCUUCAGUUUACUUUUAUGGUCUUACUUAAAGUAAAUGGUAAAUUUCUAAAAAUGAGAUAGCUACUUUAAACUAUCUGGUCUUUAAGCAAAUAUCACAAUUCUUUCCCUUUUAGUUUACCUUUAGUUUAUGUUUUGGAAAGUGCUUAAUAGUACAGCCUCAAAUUGAAAUCUGAUAAAGCAUAAGUAUUGAUAGACUGCCUUUUUCUUUGAGGUACUCUGGAUAUUAAAGAUUUAAUCUUCCAGUUAUUUAUAUUGCAGACAGUCCAUUGCUUGCAGUUUGAGUAGUUUUUUAAAUAACUAAUGGAGAAACUCAGCGGGUCAGGCAGCAUCUAUGCAGAGGAAUAGAGUUGAUGUUUUUGACCAAGAGUUCCUCAGUAUUGUGUGUGUAUUGCUGUCGAUUUCCAGCAUUGCGUGUGUUUUUGAAGUCAUUUGAUCAUAAAGCACUUUUCCUGUAAUUAAAAAUCUCAUUGGAUUUCUUUGAUACAUAGCAGCAUUUUUAAAAUUUAAGUGAGUCCAAGUAAUUUCCUUAAAUUCCUACUCCAAAUAUGUACUCAAGACAUAAAGCAAUAGUUAUUCUUCAAUCAGGUUAUUGUGAAGCUUAAAAUAAACAAGGACACUCCAGCCUGUAUGUUCGUAUCUUAUCACUUAGUAUUGGUUGUGCCUCGUGCUGGUGGGGGUAGAUGGCAUGUGGCUUAAGUAGGCUGCUCUAAAGGUCACAUCAUCAGAUGAACUUUGCUGGGGAAUUCAGUUGUCAUUUGUGGGUUAUAUGGUGGAAAUAUUUGAUUCACAAGGUAAAGUAUACCACAGAAUAGUUAGCCAUAUUCAUACAAGCUAGUUAAUGGUAACUCAAGAUGUCAAUGCCUUGAUUGUAUUGCUAAUUAUCAAGCAGUGGUGGUUACAUUGAAGAAAAUAGAAACAUAGAAAACCUAUAGCACAAUACAGGCCCUUGGGCAAACAAAGCUGUGCCAAACAUGUCCUUACCUUAGAGCUACCUAGGCUUACCCAAAGCCCUCUAUUUUUCUAAGCUCCAUGUAUUCAUCUAGGUGUCUCUUAAAAGACACUGUCGUUUCCACCAGCAGCCCAUUCCACGCACUCACCACUUUCUGCAUUUUAAAAAAAAAAUUGCCCCUGACAUCUACUCUGUACCUACUUCCAAGCACCCUAAAACUAUGCCCUCUCAUGCUAGCCAUUUCAGCCCUGGGAAAAAGCCUCUGACUAUCCACAUGAUCAAUGCCUCUCGUUAUCUUGUACACCUCCAUCAGAUCACCUGUCAUCCUCCGUCACUCAAGGAGAAAAGGCUGAGUUCACUCAACCUAUUCUCACGAGGCAUGCUCCCCAACCCAGGCAACAUCCUUGUAAAUCUCCUCUGCACCCUUUCUAUGGUUUCCACGUCCUUCCUGUAGUGAGGCAACCAGAAUUGAGCACAGUACUCCAAGUGGGGUCUGACAAGGGUCUAAUAUAGCUGCAACAUUAUCUCUCGGCUCUUCAACUCAAUCCCACGAUUGAUGAAGGCCAAUGCACUGUAUGCCUUCUUAACCAUAGAGUCGACCUGCACAGCAGCUUUGAGUGUCCUAUGGACUCAGACCCCAAGAUCCCUCUGAUCCUCCGCACUGCCAAGAGUCUUGCCAUUAAUGCUAUAUUCUACCAAAAUGAACUACCUCACACUUAUCUGGGUUGAACUCCAUCUGCCACUUCUCAGCUCAGUUUUGCAUCUUAUAAAUGUCCCACUGUAACCUCUGACAGCCCUCCACACUAUCCACAACACCCCCAACCUUUGUGUCAUCAGCAAAUUUACCAACCCAUCCCUUCACUUCAUCUCGGUCAUUUAUAAAAAUCACAAUGAGUAGGGGGUCCCAGAACAGAUCCCUGAGGCACACCACUGGUCACCGGCCUCCAUGCAGAAUAUGACCAGUCUACAACCACUCUGCCUUCUGUGGGCAAGCCAGUUCUGGAUCUACAAAGCAAUAUCCCCUUGGAUCCUAUGCCUCCUUACUUUCUCAAUAAGCCUUGCAUGGGGUACCUUGUCAAAUGCCCUGCUAAAAUCCAUAUACACUACAUCUACAGCCUACCUUCAUCAAUGUGUUUAGUCACAUCCUCAAAAAACAUUCAAAUCAGGCUCGUAAGGCACAACCUGCCUUUGACAAAGCUAUGCUGACUAUUCCUGAUCAUAUUACGCCUCUCCAAAUGUUCAUAAAUCCUGUCCCUCAGGAUCAUCGCCAUCAACUUACCAACUACUGAAGUAAGACUCACUGGUCUAUAAUUUCCUGAGCUAUCCCUACUCCCUUUCUUGAAUAGGGAACUACAUCCGCAACCCUCCAAUCCUCUGGAACCUCUCCCGUCCCCAUUGAUGAUGCAAAGAUCAUCGCCAGAGGCUCAGCAAUCUCCUCUCGCUUCCCACAGUAGCUGGGGUACCUCACAUCCGGUCCCGGUGUCUUAUCCAACUUGAUGCUUUCCAAAAGCUCCAGCACAUCCUCUUCCUUAAUAUCUACAUGCUCAAGCUUUUCAGUCCACUGCAAGUCAUCCCUACAACCGGCAAGAUCCUUUCCCAUAGUGAAUACUGAAGUAUUCAUUAAGUACCUCUGCCAUCUCCUCCGGUUCCAUACACACUUUUCUACUGUCAUUUGAUUGCUCCUAUUCUGUCACAUCUUAUCCUCUUGCUCUUCACAUACUUGUAGAAUGCCUUAGGGUUUUCCUUACGAAGUCCUGACGCAGGGUCUCGGCCUGAAACGUCGACUGCACCUCUUCCUAGAGAUGCUGCCUGGCCUGCUGCAUUCACCAGCAACUUUUAUGUGUGUUGCUAGGGUUUUCCUUAAUCCUGUCUGCCAAGGCCUUCUCAUGGCCCCUUCUGGCUCUCCUAAUUUCAUUCUUAAGCUCCUUCCUGCUAACCUUAUAAUCUUCUAGAUCUCUAUCAUUACCUAGUUUUUUUUUUAAACUUUUCAUAAGCUCUUUUCUUCUUGACUAGAUUUACAACAGCCAUUGUACUCCACGGUUCCUGUACCCUACCAUCCUUUCCCCGUCUCAUUGGAACAUAUCUAUGCAGAACCCCACGCAAGUAUCCCCUGAACAUUUGCCUGGGGAUAUUUUUGGCAAAUGUGCAAAAGUGCUCACUGUUAGGAACUUGAAGCAUAAACUUGAUCUCGGAACACAUGCAUUUCCUCAAAAAACUUGCUGCAUGCAACUGAGUAACUUUGAAGAUAUGUCCUCAACUUCUGAUGAAAGCAGCAUAUUGUUUUAUAGAUAAUUUGAUAUAAGGUGUAUACAAUUUGCCCAAAUCUAAUGCAAGAGUAGUAAUUCAAAGAAGUGUGAAAUAAAACAUUAAGCAUGUCAUGUCCAUCACCCUUUCACUAUUUGUGACUUGAGAAAUGGCCUCAAUUGCUGGAAACCAUAAUAGAAACAAAAUUUUCACUUCAAUUUAAAGUUUUAUUAUAGAGUUCUGAAUUUUAAGACAUUUAUCAAAUAUCUUCAUAAAUAUGAAAAUAGAUCUACAAUAAACAUUUUCUUCCCAUUGCAAAAAAUUGCAUAAAAUGUAGUGACAAUGUAAAGGCAUUAUUACAAGUGCAAACAAUCUAGUUACUUAAGUAUCUAAUAGAACCUGUUAAAAGGAUAAUCAUAGGUCAUCAUUUAAACUUGCAUAUCUCAAAGUAAAUGAUACAGUACUGUGCAAAAGUCUUAGGUGCUUUCAAAAUAAUCAAAAAAUUUACUAUAAAGAGCAGUAAACAGUUUUUAAAAAACUAAUUUAAGUCACCAUUUGGUGUGACCACACUUCAAAACUGCAUCAAAUCUGAUACACUCAUGCAGUUUUAAACGAAAAAUUGGCUGUUAGGUUGUUCCAAGUACCUUGGAGAACUUGCCACAGUGCUUCUGCAGACUUUUGCUACCUCGCUUGCUUCUGUCUGUCAAGGUAAUUCCAGACAAACUCUGGUGUUGAGAUCAGGGCUGUACCAUCUGAAACCAUAAAAAUCUAGGGUGCCUAAGACUUUUGCAUAGUACUGUACAAGAAUGGUCAUGAGAUGUACUGAAACAAAACAAAUUGCAUUCUAAAUUUAAUCAAUAACUCCACAGUAGACACAAAACAGCUUUCAAGUUUCCAUUGAAGAACAUCCUUUUCAGGGACUUUGCCCAGUUUAACAUUUCUUAGAACCAACAGUUUCAUAAUUUCUGAGUCAUUCGACGUCAUUAAUGAAUUUUUCUUAAUAAAUUGGAAAGGAUCACUUCAUUUCACAUUCUGACUCAUAAACAUUGUACAACUAUUUGAGUUGUCUUCUUUUUGCAACCACAGUACUCCAGUUAUUUAUUCAAUGUAUACUGUUGUAAUUAAACAACUUUCUGGAAAAUGUACAAUUAAGUUUGAUUAAUGAACAAAUUCACAUUAAUAUUGCUAUUCAAUGUCAACACUUGUGGGUUGAAUUUCCACAGCAUCCGUUGAUACUCCAUUCUUCACAGAGAUUCAUUUUCCAUAAUACAACCUAUGUGACCAAAUAAAUCCAAAUAUGUACAAGGGCAAAAUUACUUGUGGCAAUUCUUACAAAAUUACAAACCGUACAGUACUUCAUUUAAAGGUUUUCCAUUACAACUAGAUCAUUUGCAGUGGUAAAUAUACCAAAUAGUUCAAAGUCUACAACUUUUCCAUAAUCAUUACAAAAAUAAUUUUCCUAAGUCUCUAGUAGGCUUCAACAUCCUAUACAGCCCAU